CUCCGCAACUCCAUCCCCAGCUCUCCCUCCGUCUCCUGGACUCUCCGCCACCUGUGCCAGCCUGCCUGCCUGUCUCUGUCUGUCCACCUGUCUGCCUGCUGUCUUUCUGUCUGCUCUCCAGCCAGCUAUGUGCACUGGGCAGUGUGCCCGCUGCGUGGGUCUCUUUCUGAUCCCUCUGUCCCUGCUGUGCAUCAUAGGUAACGCCCUCCUUCUGGUCCCUAAUGGAGAGACCAGUUGGACAAACCACCUCACGCUGCAGGUCUGGCUGAUGGGAGGAUUCAUCGGGGGUGGUCUCAUGGUGCUGAGUUCCGGGAUCAAGGCCGUGAGAGCCGGAGGCAAGGGCUGCUGCGGGGCUGGCUGCUGUGGGAACCGCUGCCGGAUGCUGAGCUCUUUUUGCUCCUCAGCUUUUGGGGUGCUGGGGUCCUUGUACUGUCUCACGGUAUCUGGCUCCGGGCUGCAGAAUGGGCCAAUCUGCUUGCAGAACAGCACGGGGAAAUGGGGGUAUCCCUUCAAGGAAUCCAGCGGGAGUUACCUUCACAAUGAGUCCUGGUGGAGUGAGUGCAUGGAGCCCCCUGGGGUGGUCCGCUGGAACAUGGUGCUGUUCUCGCUGCUGGUGGCCUCUUCCGCCCUGGAGUUACUGCUCUGCGGGACGCAGCUCGUCAAUGCGGCGCUCGGCGUGUUCUGCGGGGAUUGCCGCAAGGGCAAAGGGGGUAAUUCCUAGUGAAGGCCGGACCAGCGUGGCUUCUUCCCCUAAGAGGCCCACCCCUCCGCCUGACACAGGGAGACCAAUAAACCGGUUUGACCCCA